CAUUUUCUCCAGUUGGGGCAGCUCUGACAGAGAAGGCGAGGGGGAGGAGAGAGGGCCACGGACACACACACGCACACACGCACGCACACACGCACACACUCGGAGGGGAGGAGGGAGCCGCGGCAAUGAAAGUGACGAGCUGAGCGCCCACAUGGACGGAGCCGCCUGGGCCGCGGGCACGGGAGCGCUAUGCCCACUUCGCCCAUGAAGCCGCGCUCCCCCAGAGUAUGACCGUCGUCCCCACCCCCUCCCGCCCUACCGCCGCCGCCGCCGCCCUGGCCCCACCUCUCUAGCGGUGCCGGAGCGCCCCGCCAGGCCGCCCCAGAGACUAAUGGAGAGGCAGAAAAGAAAGGAAGAAAUAGAGAAAGGACUUCAGUUCAUCCAGUCCACGAUAUCACUAAAGCAAGAAGAUUAUGAGGCCUUUCUCCACAAGCUGGUUUGGAACCUGUUUGCUGAGGGCAAUGACUUGUUCCGGGAGAAGGAUUUCAAGCAGGCGUUGGUGCAGUACGUGGAGGGGCUGAACGUGGCGGACUAUGCGGCCUCGGACGAGGUGACCCUGCCCCGGGAGCUCCUCUGUAAGCUGCACGUCAACAGAGCCGCCUGCUAUUUCAACAUGGGCCUGUACGAGAAGGCACUGGAAGACAGCGAGAAGGCCCUGGGGCUGGACCCAGAGAACAUCCGAGCUUUGUUCCGGAAAGCCAGUUCCCUGAACGAGCUGGGGCGCCAUAAGGAGGCCUACGAGUGCAGUAAAACGUGCUCCAUCUCCCUCCCCCACGAUGAAAGCGUCACUCACCUGAGUCGGGAGCUGGCCCAGAAGCUGAGGUUGCCCUGCCGAAAAGCGUACAAGAGGCCUCAGGAAUUGGAAACCUUCUCACUCCUCAGUAACGGCACAUCGGCUCCCUUAGCAGAUCAGGGAACGACCAACGGGCUCGGGUCUAUAGAUGACAUCGAAACAGACUGCUCCAUGGAUCUGAGAUGUCUCACAGCCCCAACAAGCACCUCCAUUCCUGGAUGUGAUAUCACCCUCCUUUCUGAGCCUGAGGCCAAGGGCUCCACCACCACCCUUUUCCCUCCCACCACUGACCUGCUGUCCCCUCCAGAUGGAACUGGACCUGAGAGCAUGGAGGACUUCUCUGAUGGAGAUGUCUUUGGGCCAGAACUGGACUCACUGCUGGAUUCAUUGUCCCUGGUACAGGGCUCCAUCCCAGCUACCGUACCCAGUGAAAUGCCUCAACGGAUCCCUGUGUUCCCAGGCGGGGCACCACUCCUGCCCCCUGUGGUGAGCGUCACCAUCCCCGUCUCCAAUCCCCUGCCCCCCGCAUCCUUUGGCCUCGUCAUGGACCCCACCAAGAAGCUAGCCUCCUCUAUGCUGGAAGCCUUUGACUCCCCAGCCUCCUCCCUGGACACUUUGGAUCCUCUGGACCUGCUUCCAUACACAGACACCCACCUGGAAGCCCUGGAUGGCUUCGGGCCUGUCCGGGGCUCCCUGGACACACUUGAUUCCUUCACGUUAGAGGAGCCCACCUCUCAGGACCUUCGGCCACCCAGCAGCAACCAGAAGCCACUCCCUACGCAAGAGCCUGUCAUGCCCAAUACCACCCUCCUCGUCAAGAACCCCCUGGCUUCCACCCACCUCUUCAAACAGGCCUGCCACCUCUGCUAUCCUAAAACAGGCCCCAAGGCCGGCGACUACACAUACCGGGAGGACCUCGAGCACAAGUGUAAACGGGACAUCCUGCUGGGGAGGAUCCGAAACUCGGAGGACAAGACCUGGAAGCGGAUCCGGCCGCGGCCCACCAAGACCAGCUUCGUAGGCUCCUACUAUCUGUGCAAAGACAUGCUUAACAAGCAGGACUGUAAGUACGGGGAUAACUGCACCUUCGCCUACCAUCAGGAGGAGAUCGACGUGUGGACCGAGGAGAGGAAGGGGACCCUCAACCGAGACCUCCUCUUCGACCCCCUUGGGGGCAUCCGGCGGGGCAGCCUCACCAUUGCCAAGCUUCUCAAGGAGCACCAGGGCAUCUUCACCUUCCUGUGUGAGAUUUGUUUCGACAGCAAACCCCGGAUCAUUAGCAAGGGGACCAAGGACUCUCCAGCCGUCUGCUCCAACCUGGCUGCCAAGCACAGCUUCCACGACAACAAGUGUCUGGUCCACAUCGUCCGCUCCACAGCCCUGAAGUACUCCAAGAUCCGCCAGUUCCAAGAGCACUUCCAGUUUGACGUGUGCCGCCACGAGGUGCGCUAUGGCUGUCUUCGGGAGGACAGUUGCCACUUUGCCCACAGUUUCAUCGAGCUCAAGGUCUGGCUGCUGCAGCAAUACUCAGGGAUGACCCACGAGGACAUCGUACAGGAGUCCAAGAAGUGCUGGCAGCAGAUGGAGGCCCACGCGAGCAAAGCUGCCAACAGCUUGGCCAGUUCUCGUGGGCCCCCGGCCAGUGCCUUUGACCUGCAGAUGAAGUUUGUGUGUGGCCAGUGCUGGAGGAACGGACAGGUGGUGGAGCCCGACAAGGACCUCAAAUAUUGCAGCGCAAAAGCCCGACACUGCUGGACCAAGGAGCGGCGUGUCCUGCUGGUGAUGUCCAAAGUCAAGAGGAAGUGGGUAUCUGUCCGUCCACUCCCAUCGAUCCGCAACUUCCCUCAGCAGUAUGAUCUAUGCAUCCAUGCCCAGAAUGGCCGGAAAUGUCAGUACGUGGGGAACUGUUCCUUCGCCCACAGCCCAGAGGAGAGAGACAUGUGGACUUUCAUGAAAGAGAAUAAGAUCCUAGAUAUGCAGCAGACCUAUGACAUGUGGCUAAAGAAACACAACCCUGGGAAGGCUGGGGAGGGCACUCAGGUCACCUCCCGGGAAGGAGAGAAGCAGAUCCAGAUGCCCACAGACUAUGCAGACAUCAUGAUGGGAUUCCACUGCUGGCUUUGUGGCAAAAACAGCAAUAGCAAGAAGCAGUGGCAGCAGCACAUUCAGUCCGAGAAACACAAAGAGAAGGUCUUCACAUCAGAUAGCGACUCCACCUGUUGGACCUUCCGCUUCCCCAUGGGCGAGUUCCGCCUGUGCGAGAGGUUCCAGAAAAAGAAGGCUUGCCCAGAUGGGGACAAGUGUCGCUGCGCCCAUGGGCAGGAAGAGUUGACUGAAUGGCUGGACCGUCGAGAGGUGCUGAAACAGAAGCUGGCCAAGGCCCGUAAGGACAUGCUGCUCUGCCCGAAGGACAAUGACUUUGGCAAAUACAACUUCCUCUUGCAGGACAGCGUCUAAGGGCCCUGGGGACCAGAGGGGGGGUGGCCUCCUGCUUCCCAGGGUCCGCUUUUCUGGCCUCUGUGCCCGCCAGCCUCUUUGUUCCCCCUUUUUGUCAGCCAUCCCUGCUCCGGGGGGCCAGAGGGCAGGACCUCCUCAGCGCUUUGGCUCCCUGUGACUCUUGGCUUAUUCCUCGUUCUCAAAUGAGUGGCAGAAAAGCCAAGCCGAGGAAGGCAGAGGGGACAGAGAAGGCCUUGGGGAGUCAGUCUUGGGCAGGCUUUCUCCCUCCCUGCUUCUCUGUACACACACCCACCCACCCCUCGGGGUCCUCCUUAUGUGGGGCAAGAGUACCCCUGCACACACACACAUAAUCAGCCUCAUCAUAAUGAGAAGAAAAUAGCUCACAUGUCUGGUGUUGGCUCCCAGUGACCCUGGGAGGUAGAGAGCGCUAGUAUUAUCAUCCCCAUUUCACAGAUGGGGAAGUUGAGAUUCUGAGAGUGGGCAAAGCGGCUUAGUCACAGUUCCCAAGCCGAUCAGUGUUUGGAGACACAGCGCGUACGCGCGCACACGCUCUCUGUCCAGAUCAGUUAGACACGUCCCUGCUCAUCACCCAUUCUGGGCUAUUCGGGAGGUCUCUCGUCUUCUCAGAGAGGGUGCAGCGGGGCAGACGGACUCUGUCUAGUGGCUCUGACCCAAAGCUUUGUGUCUGGUUUUCAAAAACCCGGAGUCUGAGGGGCAUCCUCUGGGAGGGUGAUCUCAGAGCGCAGACGCCCUGUUUAGCUCGGAGGCCGGUGGAGCUCAGUGUUCCCUUCCCUGUUCCUGGCCAACUGCCAGAGGAGGCCAGCUUGGUCUCUCCUUUGGCCCUCCAGCCCCUUCUGAGCCCUGCCUGGGCCCCACGGCUGGGAAAGGUCCAGGUCUUCCAGCCCAAUGGGGUGGGGACUGGGGGGCCCCGGGGACAGGAACGUCGGUUGGAAUCGGGGGUUCCCUGUUCCAGGUCCCAUCAGCCCACCAGCACCCCUCGAUUAUCUGCUAGACCUGGUUUAGGGAAAUGGGGAGCUGCCCGAGGACAGAUUUCCCUGGCUUCCCCGGAGCCCCCAGCCAGAGCCAGCUUUGCCCGAGAUCUCAGCCCGCCGAGCGGGAAGUCCUGCUCACCUUUAACUCUGAUACUGACCAGGGGCUGGCAUGCUGGGGGUCCCCACUCCUGCCCCCAUCUCUGCAGUGCUCCCCAGGAGGUGGUAGUAGGGUCAUUUUACAGACGGGGAAGCUGAGGCCACUGACCACACAGCUAGCAAAUGAGAGCUAGAACUCACCCAGGCCCUCCCCUAAGGAUGGUGACUAGGGAUAGAGGUGGCUCUAAAAAAGGAAUUUGCUGUGUGACCUUAAAUAAGUCACUUUCCUCCUUGAGGCCUCAGUUUCCUCAAAUGUAAAAUGGCUGGCAGGGAAGGGGGGGCACUUGAUGGCUUCUCUGGUCCCUUCCAGCUUUAAGUCUAUGAUUCCAUGGCCCUAAGUGAUUUCCCCUGUUUGGCCUCAGUCUCCUCAUCUUUAAAAUGGGGGGUUGAAAUCAAUGGCCUCUGAGGUCCCUCCCAGCUCUAAAUCUAUGAUCCUAUAAUCUGCAGUCCCUUCCCUGCUUGAGGCCUCGGUCUCCUCAUCUGUAAAAUGGAGGGGGUGGGACUCGAUGGCCCUUCAAGUCCCUUCCAGCUCUAAAUCUAUGAUCCUUCUGGCCAAGGGGCAGCAGCCCAGCAGGGUUCCCCAAUCUGGGUCUGCUCCCCUAAUUUGAAAUAGCUUGGGUUCAGCAUGGAUGGAUGGGGGGAGGCCUUUCUCCAUCCUCUUUGGUCUGACGCCCCAGCUUAACCCCCCACUCCCCAUAGCCCUCACCAGGACCCCCAACCUCUAUUCUGGGGUGGGGGGGCCCCUCCCCGGCGAGCCGGGGCUGCUGGGUAAAGCGGGAUCGCCCCAUGCUGGCCCCGCCUCGUCACCAGCCUCGUGUCUGUGUGUAUAUAUGUGGGUUCCGUGAUGCAUAUAUACACAGGUAGUAACUAUAUCACUCUAUAAUAUUCUAUAUGUGUGUGGUAUCCCCGGGGCUGCUGGGAGGGGGCUGAAGGACAAAGGCCUCAGCUGGGAGAUGCAGCAGGACCCGGAGCGGGCAGCCCACGCUGGGGUCUUGAGUGCGAAUCCUGGCGGUGUGGCUCAUAAGCCCCCUCGUCCCUGGCCCCCACUUGGGGUGGGGGAGGACCUUGAAGGAAGGCCCAAGAGGAGGAGGAGGAGGAGGCAGAGCCAGGACAGGCUGCUUGUGGGCCUGUGCGUGGAUGGGUGGGAACCCCUGAGGUGAAUGGAGGAGGGGGGACCCACGUAGUACAGUGGCCUGGAUUCGAAUGCUCCGAUACCACACUUUACUAUUCAAUAUUCAUAAGGCCUAGUAAUAUUGUAGACGUUUUCAUAACAAUUUUGUGGUCGUUCUUCUUAAAACCGAUCAGACAAACUUGCAUCUUUUAGCCUUUGUACUAGGAAAUAAAAGUGCACUUUAACCUGC